AUGCCGGCGACAUAUGAAUUUCUUCGUUCAAUCAUGUUAACUACUCUACUAAUGACAACAUAUGCCAGGAAAUACAGUGUUAUCGAAGAGAACCGAAAUCGAAUUGCAAGACUUUACGAAGAUCAUGUUUUAACCAGACCAUUUACGAAAAACAGCAGUCGAACGACGGUAGCGAUCGGCCUGGGGAUUAUUGAAGUAGCAGGAUUAGAUCCGCAAAAGCAGGUAAUCACGUUGAAUGUCAACUUUGAUCUGAAAUGGUGCGAUGAUCUUUUACAAUGGAAUUCGACUGAACAAGCGUGUAUUAAACGUAAUCGAUCGGAAAUAUUCUUCGCGGCACAUGAAAUCUGGACACCAGAUAUUCUUGCUAUCAAUGGGCCGCGACAAUCAACAAAAGAAUUGAAGCUUCAAUAUCCGAUAUCCGUCGUUUGCACGGGGAAUGUUCGUUGGUCUUAUCAAGAAAAACUCGUUUCAUUCUGUGAAAUCGAUGUUCGAAACUUUCCAUUUGAUCGUCAACAUUGUUCAAUCCAACUUCAAUCGAGCGUCUACGAUUCGAGUCAAGUAAAACUACGCAGUUUGUACAACGUCGUACGUUUGUAUAAUUACAUAACGACCGAAUGGGAAAUCUCUCAUGUAGCAAUCAAAGAAUUAGACUUAUACAACGUUUAUUAUCGGAGUGAUUUCAGUACGUUGCAAAUCGAUAUUGAGCUCGUACGUUAUUCUCGUUUUUAUAUUCUGAAGAUCAUUGUACCAUUUUUUAUUAUCUCUGCACUCGCUGUCUUUUCAUUUUGUUUACCAACCGACAGUGGAGAGAAAAUUGCUCUGACCGUCAGUGUGCUCUUAUCCUUGGUUUUCUAUGUUCAAUUAAUUUCAAGUUAUGUUCCCAAAACUGAACAAGGCAUUUGUACAUUAACAUUGUAUUCCAAUGCAAUAUUCUUUCUCGUUUUUCUCUCGUGUGUAUUUAAUACAUUUACUGUUUUUACGUAUUAUCAUCAUCAGUAUUCGUUUCAACCAAAACAUCGCAAACGGAAGAAAAGUAUUGUAUUCAAUGUUCAUAAAUCGUUAAUUGAACUGAAUAAACAACGAUGGAGAUUCCUGAAAAGACGUCGAAAUAUGCGCGAAAAUUUGCCUGAACAAACCGAUGUUGAUGCCAUUGAAUUACUUCAUGAUAUUCGAUAUUUUCGACAAGCAUUGAUGAACUUAUUUGUACGACGAAAUUCACUUCGUACAGGCGCAACAUUAGACUUUUCUCAUCCGAUAUUUUCUCCUCAAACGAAAGACAGACGAUCCGUAAAAGAAAUCGCCAUGUUUAUCGAUCGAAUUCUCUUCAUGAUCUAUCUAAUUCUAUUACCAUUGAGUGUUUUACUUUUAUUCAAAUCAACAAAUCAAGCCCGAUUGGAUUCACUAUCAAAAACUAGCGGGCCAAAUCAAUUACUUGAUUUGCGCAAAUCAUCCACUGAUCCUGUACAACUUUUCCGUGCAUGUCCACAUUGA